AUGACCACUAGACCCCUGUGGAGGGCCCUGUGCCUGCUGGCCUUACUCUGCACAAUGUCAGGCAUAAGUUCUGCUGACACCCAACCAGACAUCUCAGCUGCAGAGCAGGAAAUCACCUUCAGCCACAUCUAUAACAUUGACAUCCCGGGAAGCUCCGGCUGUAAACUACAACGCGUGCCAACCCAGAACAAAACAGGUCUGCAGAUGGAGACCACUAAAAGUGGGGACAAUGACAUUAUCUUCAGACACAACAUCAAGCUGCAGCCACCCAAAUGUGACUGCGAGGAGUCGGAAAGCUUUAAGUCUCUGCUCUACAGAAUCAAUGGCCUGGAAGAAGAAGUCAACUACCUAAAGACCCAGUGUGCUCAGGGAUGCUGUGGUGCUGCAGGUGUGGACCAAAGCUGUAGUGGCCAUGGUACCUACCAACGCGACACCUGCAGCUGCCUCUGUAACAUAGGGUGGGAAGGCCUGGAUUGUUCUGUCUCCUCCUGCCCAGAUGAGUGCAACGACAAUGGCCGAUGCGUGGAUGGGAAAUGCGUGUGCCAUCAGGGGUACACGGGAGAAGACUGCAGCCAGCUUACGUGUCCAGGCAACUGCAACGACAAGGGACAGUGUGUGGAUGGGAAAUGCGUGUGCUUCCCACACUUUACUGGCGAGGAUUGCAGCAUCCAGAAGUGUCCCAACAACUGCAUGGAUAACGGGCAGUGUGUGAAUGGAGAGUGCAUCUGUGAUGAAGGCUUUUAUGGGGAGGACUGUUCAUUAGUUUUUGGACCUCAGGGUUUGCAGGUGGUCCAAGUGACUGACGUCUCUCUCCUGGUUGAGUGGAAGUCCAUUCGAGGGGCCGAGUAUUAUGUGUUGACAUAUUAUCCGAAAAAUGAUGAGGGUGCGCAGCAGGAGGUUCAAGUCGCCAACACAGAGAAUUCCUACCUCAUCACAGGACUGACUCCUGGGGUUACUUACACUGUGCAAGUAUACGCAGCCAUCAAAGAGAUCAAAAGUGAAGCUGACGAGAUUGAAGCCACCACAGAUGUCUCAGCUAUUGAUGAUAUCCAAGUUCUUGGUCAGACAGAGGUCUCUAUCGAGGUGGACUGGCAGAACCCUCAAGUUGAGGUGGAUUACUUCAGGCUUACACAUACUGACCCCGAAGGUCAGGAGGAGGAGCUGAAUGUACAGAGAAGCCAAGAGGCGCGCACCAAGCACACUAUUCUGGGUCUGUAUCCAGCAACGGAGUACGUGAUCUCAGUGCAGGCCAUUAAGGGAAACAAUGGGGGGAAAACUUCUUCUGUCACUGGUGCCACAGAUAUCGAUGUGCCAACAAAUCUUGUCACUACUGAAGUAACUGAGGACACCGCAACAGUCUCCUGGGAUCGAGUCCAGGCUGAAGUAGAGGGAUACAUGCUGAGUUACACCUCUGCUGAGGGAUCCAGUUCAGACAUCUCUGUAGCUCGUGAUAGUACCUCAUAUAGGCUGAUAGGCUUGAGGCCUGGAGUUCUCCAUACUGUCUACAUCUGGGCCUAUAAAGGAGACAAAGUCAGCAGGAAGAGUUCAACAGAAGCUGAAACGGACCUGGAUGCUCCUACUAACGUCUUCACCCGAGAUGAGACGGAGUUCAGCUUCAGGGUGCACUGGGAUCACCCUCAGGCAGAAAUUGAUGGCUACCUGCUAACAUAUAGCUCUUCUGAGGGCUCAAGUGAAGAAAUCGUGAUUGGGUCUGACAGUACUUCAUACAUGCUGACUGGCCUGAGGCCUGGGGUCUUCUACACUGUCUACAUCUGGGCUGUCAAGGGGAGCAAAGCCAGCAGGAAGAUCUUGACACAAGCUGAGACAGAACUGGAUGCUCCUGCUAACCUCUUAGCCCGAGAUGAAACAGAAUCCAGCUUCAGCGUUUCAUGGGAUCCAGUCCAGGCUGAUAUUGAUGGCUACAUGCUAACCUACACCUCCUCUGAACAAGGAUCUAGUGGAGAAAUCCCAGUAGGGGCUGAUGGGUCUGAUUUUUUGCUGACUGGUUUGAGGCCUGGGCUCCUCUACACUGUCUACAUCUGGGCUGUCAAGGGAAACAAAGCCAGCAGGAAGAUCUCAACACAAGCUGAGACAGAACUGGAUGCUCCUGCUAACCCCUUAGCCCGAGAUGAAACAGAAUCCAGCUUCACUGUGUCAUGGGAUCCAGUCAAGGCAGAAAUUGAUGGCUACAUCCUUACCUACAACUCUUCUGAGGGCUCUAGUGAGGAAAUCCCAGUUGGGUCUGACACAACCUCUUACAUGCUGACUAGCCUGAGGCCUGGAGUUCUCUACACUGUCUACAUCUGGGCUGUCAAGAGGGACAAAGCGACCAGGAAGAUUUCAACAAAAGCACAGACAGACAUUGAUUCUCCUAAGGACCUGAGGGCUACAGACGUGACACUGGAAUCUGCUUCUUUGACUUGGACUCCUCCUCUGGCUGACAUUGAGGGCUACAUCCUCACCUACAGAGAUGAAGAGGGGAACACGGAGACUGUUGAAAAGCAGCUUGGAGCCGGUGAACGCAGCUUUGCUGCAUCCAGUCUGGAGAUGGGGAAGAGGUACAUUGUCACCAUUAUUGCCUACAGGGGGAACAUGAGGAGCAAGGUGGUAGAAACCAUCUUCAAAACAGUUGGUGUCCUGUACCCCUUCCCCAUGGACUGUGUUCAGAUCAUGAAGAACGGCAAUAAGGAGAAUGGUGUGUAUACCGUCUAUAUUAACAGUGACCGCUCCACACCAAUAGAAGUUUACUGUGACAUGGACACCGAUGGAGGCGGCUGGCUGGUGCUUCAGCGACGUAACACUGGCAAGCUGGACUUCAUGAAACGCUGGAAGCAGUACAUUGCAGGUUUUGGGAACUUAACUGAGGAGUUCUGGAUUGGUCUCGAUAAAAUAUAUGAGCUUACCAACACUCCCACUCAGUAUGAGCUGAGGUUCGAUUUGGGUCUGGGCUCAGAGAGGGUCUAUGCUGUAUAUGACAACUUUAAGAUUGCACCAGUCAAGCAGAAGUUCAAGCUCACUAUUGGCAAAUACAGUGGGACAGCAGGUGAUGCCAUGACCUACCACCAAGGCCGGCCCUGGACUACUAUUGAUUCGGAUAAUGACCUUGCCCUUACUAACUGUGCCCUGACUCACCGUGGCGCCUGGUGGUACAAAAACUGUCACCUGGCCAACCUCAACGGCAAAUGGGGUGACACCAGGCACAGUGUGGGGGUGAACUGGGAACCGUGGAAGGGCCACCUGACAUCCCUUGACUUCACUGAGAUGAAGAUUCGACCUGUGGGAGCCCUGUCCAGCAGGAAGAGGCGAUCACUGGCGGCCCGAGAGAAAAGCAGAAACGUAAAACUCCAAAGGAAAUAGAAGAGCACCUGUAACCACAUCAGCCCCUGUCAGCAUGCCAUCACACAAGUUUCUGGUCUUUCUGUGCAUAUGUACAUACGCAUGUUUUAAUACUCUGACUAGACUAGAACCCUUACUGGGCUGCCUCUCUGUGUGUCUCAAUUCUUGGGAAAUGUGUACACUUUUUGUGAAAAUGGAAAAGCUCAUGCAAAUAUGGAGCUUAAUAUCUGUUUGUAUGCACAUUAGAAAUUCAUAGAUUUAGUGUGACUGCAAGAAAGUGGCAAAUGAGAAACUUCUUUUGCCUUCUUUGACACAAAUGCAUUCAGCUCAUAACUCGGAUCUAUUUGCUUGUAUUAUAUCUGCUCAUUUCAUGUCCUGCAAAGAAAUUGAGCGCAUAGGAGAAAACAAAAAGUGGCAAAGUUGGUUUGUCUGUUGUUGGUGUUUUAUGGAUCAGGUGUAGGCUAUUACAGUUAGCACCCUGAGUUUAUUGAUUGUGAAGCCGGCUGGCUUCGUCACAUUAAACUGCCACUGUGCCUCUAACACUGUCACAUCACAUCAGUUUGUGUGGGACAAGGCCGACAAUAACAACGGAUGGCUGUCUGGAGACGCCAAAGUGCUCCUGCUUUACGUUCAGAUGACAGUGACAGCUAAUAUCCAUCAACAUGACGUGUUUUUAUCAAAUAGGAAUAGGAAUGGAGUUUGUUUGCCCCAUCCUCGGAAGCAUAAUGAGCAAACUCUAGUUUUUCAAUCUGGAAAGCUGACAGAAGUUAUUAAUAUUGCUUUGACU